AUGGCGAACAGAUAUUCCGUCCCUCUUCUUUUAGCUCUCAUCUUCCUCUUCUGCCUCACUUGUGUACAUUCCACCGAUUUAACCUUCAAUGAACCUGGAUUUGAUGCCACCAUAAAUAUAUUAGAGAAAGUUGAAGUUUCAGAUGGGACACUUAUCCUGCGUUUCGGCAAACCAGAUCCAGAUCCUAAAAUAUUCUGUAAUCUCCCUGAAAUGCAGUAUCGUAUUAUCAGACCGGAUGGAACAGUCGCUAAUCUACUGUUAAACUUUACGUUCCCACAAGCCAGUCGUUGUCAAGACUACUUAGACGUGGUGAAUGAACCCGAUGGAAUAAGAAUAUAUCCUAUGCCACAUAAUUAUCUCCUCAUAACGUAUGUAGAUGCUACAACUUUCACAGAUGCUUCGACAUACGUCGACAAAGGAAUACUCGUCUCUUUUAAUGGAGAUAUAAUAGGUGAUCCUAUCAAUUUCGGCACUGCUUUCCAUUACGUGGACAGCACCGGCACCGGCACAGCAAGAGCAGGUAGUUUAACACGGAACAUAGGCAACAUCGAUGAGUUCUUGUUUGUGCAAGAAGUAGCUGGGCUUGGUCUUUCAACCUACUACACAUGGCAAAGAUUUACAACCCCUAAUGCUGAGGGCAAAAUUACGUUCAUAGACCAACGCGACGUCAUCCAAGAGCCGACGCUCGCACAGCUAUGGUCCACUACGUUUGCAACGCGUGAUGGUGGUUAUGCGUUGAUUGGUGCAUAUACAGUCGUAGAUGAUACACCUCCAGCCAAAAAACCCCCUAAAGGAAAAAAGCCGCCCCCUGUGCCGGCCAUUGCUCCAGUAGACGUUCGAACUCGUUGUGAAGUCACAUUCUUCCGUCCAUUGACCAAUGACACGAUUGGCCCUUUUUUUAUAUAUCAGACUUCGGUUCCAAAUGCGCAGGUUGAUCCUAUGGAUUGCAGUAAUUCCGCUCUUGGUGUUGGGUAUUUAUGUAUCGCAACGGUCGAAAUUCCAGCCGCAAAUCCCGCAAAUUCGUUAAUUUAUUAUCAAGCUAUUCGUUUCUUGUCAUCUGGAUCUGUCACUGAGACACGAACGCUACCAAUACCUCCCAAAGCGGCCGGUGCUAAUAGUGCGAACAUUAGAUCCAUGCCAUUUGGAGGAUAUAUGCUAGUGUCUAGCCCACAGAACGCCAAGCAGACGCAAUUCAUAAUAACUACUCAACUAUUAGAUGACAAUGGAGCACUAUCUGAUAAGCCAUUGAACAUUCCUCAACCUUUAGUACUAAAUGUCAUUAGUCCCUUUGCAAACAAUGUAUUCUUUCCUAAUAAUUCUUGGGGCUUUGUCUCACGACCCACAGCAACUACAUUCAGAUUGACGGCAUUCGAUAUACCUAAACUGUGGAACAAUGAUGUCGGUCUGAAUAACCCCAACAUCAGAGCCAUCUCGCCUUCUAUUAAUGGGAGCAUUUCAUCAAAUGACAAAGUUAGCAUUAGUUACAACGUUCCAAUAAUUUUGUCCACCCAGUCAUUGAGUGUCUAUCAGAUCAACCCAAACAGCGACGACGCUAAUAGUGAUUACUUAAGACAGCGCUGUUCAGCGCGUGACUUGGCCUGUGAUAUUAACAUCCAAAAUGACACUAUUGAGUUCAUUCCGCUUAGCAGUACAUUUAAUACCCCAGGCGUCCAGUAUUACGUUGCAAUCGAUCCUGAUUAUGUCAAACAGAGCGAUGUUGGCGAAGCCGUUCCCGGAAUAUUGAAUAGGAAGUGGCAAUUCCAAGCGUCUAUAAGUUCGAACACAUUUUCAGAUUCGGUCACAGGAUUGCUCAGACUGAACCCCGAGGGAUCACAGAAUUUUAACAGUCUUAGCAGCGACCAGAAAUCCGCAUUCUUUGACGAUCUAACUAACGCGCUGGUCAACAUUAUCCCAGUCGAACCAAACCGAUUGAAAACAAGCAAACUUUUUCAGACCAUGACUGUUGGCCCCGAUGAUUUGGUACUGAUAUCAUACACAAUUAAGAAAGAUACAGACCAAAAUCAGAGAAGUGCCAGUGAUCUAACCAACGAUUUUGAUACCUUGAUAAAAGCCAAGUCGAUAACACCAAUUGGAAUGAACAACAGCACAAAGAUUUUGGAUGAGACAUAUGGAUUUCAGCCAACUCAAAACUUGUGGGAUAAAUAUAAGACAAAGCUAUUGAUCUUAUUUCUUGCUCUCCUGGUUGUAUUGGUGCUUUUCAUAUUAGCGAGAAUCAGAAAUAACGAGGGUCAUAAUUGGGCAAUAAUACAAAUUGCGUUGAUAAUCCUUGAUUUCACGUUAGAUGUCUUGUUCUUAGCUGAUCACGGCCGCGAUAUACACAGCUUAUAUGUCCCAAGACACAGAGAAUUCCGAUACAGCGUUCCUGUGAGAGAAAGACAAGAAACCAUGGAUGUUAUUGAGGAGAAGGAGGCUAAUGAAGAUUACGUAAAUGGAGAAGUACCUUCACCAAAGAUGUCACAAGACGAGGAUCGGUUCACAACUACGGGAUCCGAUGAACAAUCAUCACAAGAUUAUAGAUAG